AUGGCUCGAAUAUUAGACCAGCAUUUUUCUGAUUUGUUUCAAGUUAUUACAGAAUUAAUUCUUUUUUUUUCUCAAAUUUGUUUUAAUGAAGAGGCAAAUAAACAGAAAAACAAGAUGAGAAAUAUGUUCUCAUUCUUUAGAGAACAGAAAAACAUCCAAAUGAAAAAUCGUACAUCAGAUAAGAUCAAUAACAUAAGUAUAGAUAUAAAAUGA